AUCCGACUUAAAAAUAGGAGCGCAGGGAUCAAUUUAUUUAUGCGCUCUGCCAGUGAAUUUGUUUUUUAAGCAACAGAAACAUGUGCAGAUAAGAACAAGAUCCAACAUAUUCUUGUCCCUUCCAAACGGGGAUUGCAAGGAAGCUUGGAACGAACUCGUCCCAACGCUCACCAAACGAACUGCAGAAGAUAAAACACUCUAAUCAAAAUCGGUAAGUCAUCAAAUAGGCAAAGCAAUCAAGGUGAGAAAAAUCAGACGGCUUCGAUGAAAAUGGCGUCAAAGUUUCUCCCGUUGUGGCAAAACGGCAAACACAAAUCACGGUUUCAGCAGAAAUCAUGCGGUCCACUCUUUUCAAUCUUUUGCCUUUGUGUGGGAAUUAUAGGAACUUCGUUCGGCGUAUUUGCAUUGAUAAGAGGGAGGCCUGUAUAUAAAUUCAGAUGCGGCAAUGCGGAGGACACGCUGAGAAGCCUUCAUCUGGGAGGGGCCAAUGCCAGGUAUUUGGGAUGGCCUGGGGGUUUGAGUCAAUUGGAGGAAGAAACCAGACAUAAGGUCUUGGGCGUCGUCGGAAUUCAGACCGGAUUUGCUUCUUCCGAGCGCCGGAAAGCUUUGCGGGAAACAUGGUUGCCCUCCGAUCCGGACGGCUUGAUCAGUUUGGAGCAAGCAACAGGUUUAGCUUUCAGAUUUGUGAUUGGUCGAUCUAAAAAUGUGCAAGAAAUGGCAGAACUUGAGAAGGAGAUUGAGAAAUACAAAGACUUUAUGCUUAUAGAUGUUGAGGAAGAAUACCUUAAACUUCCUUAUAAGACGUUGGCUUUCUUUAAAGCAGCAUAUGCUCUUUUUGAUGCUGAUUUUUAUGUUAAAGCUGAUGAUGACAUUUACUUGCGGCCAGAUCGUCUUGCAACACUUCUGGCAAAGGAGCGUCCUUCUCCUCGGACAUAUAUUGGAUGCAUGAAAAAGGGUCCAGUAAUCACUGAUCCUAAGUUGAAAUGGUAUGAACCUUUGGGUUACCUACUAGGGGGUGAGUAUUUCUAUCAUGCAUAUGGGCCUAUAUAUGCACUUUCUUCUGAAGUAGUAGCAGGACUUGCAGUGGCAAGAAAUGAUAGCUUUAGAAUGUUCAGCAAUGAGGAUGUCACAAUCGGGUCAUGGAUGCUUGCUAUGAAUGUCAACCACGAAGAUAAUCGAGCAAUAUGUGACUCUCGAUGCAAAUCUAAUUCUAUUGCUGUAUGGGAUAUCCCUAAGUGUUCAGGUCUAUGUAAUCCUGUAGAAAAAUUACGAAAAUUGCACAAGAUUGACAUGUGUUCAAAGAGCCCAACAUUGCCAUCUGAUGAAUAGAGAGUGAAAGUUAUCCAAUUCUUUGACAUGAUCAUUGAUCUUAUUCAUUUUUCUUAAAGCUGAUUGGAAAUUUCAUUAGAUAUGUCCAGUUGCCUUCCAUUGUUGUAAUAUCUAGCAUACCAUGUACUCGGUAGUGCUAAAGAAAUUAGAAGUUACUCAAUUUGUUCACGUGACAUUCAAUGCCAGUGUAGCUAUUGAUUCUUUGUCACUCGGUUUUCAGCAAAGUUGUCUUGAAUAUGGGGCAACUUCUGUGCAUUUUUGAGUUUUUCUGGUGUAAGAGAUUUUUUCCAUAAUCUAAUCUAUAGGGGCUUUAGAAAGGGGCAUCAUUCUGGAUCA